AUGGGCCUGGGUACAUCCCAUGUUGGGGGCUAUUCCCAUGAAGCUGUGGUAUAUGCACUACAAAAAUGUGGCAUUCGUCAUAUUGAUACAGCAAAAAGAUAUGGCUGUGAAUCCCUUCUUCAGAAUGCCAUCAAAGAAAGUGGUGUGAAACGGGAAGAUCUCUGGAUAACUACCAAACUCUGGCAUAGUGACUAUGGCUAUGAAAACACAAAACAAGCCUGCUUGGAAUCAUGCAGAAGACUUGGUGUUGAGUACCUUGAUCUUUACUUGGUACACUGGCCAGAUGCCCAAGUUCCCGGUAAAAGCAGUCGUGAGGUCCGAGCUGAAACCUGGAGAGCCAUGGAGGAGCUGUAUGCUACAGGGAUGUGUCGGUCAAUUGGCGUAAGCAACUUUCUCAUAAAUCAUCUUGAACAACUAAAAGAAGACUGUGAAGUAACCCCUCAUGUUAAUCAGGUUGAAUAUCACCCUUUCCAAAGACCCCAGGAGCUGCUGGAUUACUGUAGAAGCAGAAACAUUGUCUUUGAAGGAUACUGCCCUUUAGCCAAAGGUGAAGCUCUUACUCAUCCUAAAGUAAUUCAGCUGGCAAAGAAGUAUGGCAAAACCCCUGCACAGAUCUGUAUACGCUGGAGCAUACAGAAUGGGGUUGUCACUAUUCCAAAAUCUACAAAAGUGGAAAGGAUACAGGAAAACUGUGAGGUAUUUGAUUUUACAUUAGCAGAAGAUGAUGUUGCCAUUCUAAAUGGAAUGCAUGAUGGGCGACAUGUUUCCUGGGUCCCAACCCUUAUUGUGUAGCUUGUAAGGUUUGAGCUUUUCUUGUGUUGAUGAUCUAUUACUUGCAUAUUUGAUUUAAGCUUGAGCAAUCUCACUGUAAGAAUCGAAUUGUAAGCUUGAUGGCUCACAGUAAUUAUCACUGAUUGAUUUCAAAUCUGUAACAUCUGAUUACAUGUAUAUGAAACGCUCCUUUAGGAUAACAUACUGAUAUAGAAAUAUACAUUUUUUGUCUGAAAUAUUUAUCUCAAUAAAUUUGUGACUUGUGUUGCA